AAAUUCUUCGCCGUGGUGAGUGAGGGACGAAUAAAGAGCGGAAGUUAAAGCGGUGUCCAAGAUAUUGAAGAAAAAGAAGAGGAGAGAGAGUGUGGAGAAGUGUAUAAGAAACGACGCCGGUUUAUACGGAAAGAAAACAGAGCUGGAUAAUCCGUGGUCGUUUCAUUGGUAGAGAUAGUCGUAGUCGUAGACAAUAAAUAAAUAAGAUCGGAAGUCGGAACCUUCUUCAGGGGAGAGAGACGCAAAGAAGUCACAAAAGAAAAAAGCUUGGCUCCGGGUUAGGAGAAAGGGAAUUCCACAGCACGUCGUCGUUUUACUGGUCGCAAGUUUCUACGUUGCAAGGGGGAGAAUCAAAACUUAAAUGGCAGCGUGCUAGAAAAGUGUAAAGUAUUUAUUUGUAAUGGAUGUAAAGUCUCUAGCAAAGUCAAAGAGGGCUCACACUCAAAGCCAUAGUAAAAAGCCCCACGGCUCUCAUGCAAAUCAGAAAUCAAAAGCCCCGUCUGUUGGAACUAAUGAUGCCGGAAGGGCAAAGAAGCCUUUGGGAAAGCAAGUUCCAGAGAAACCCCAUCGGUCUCAGGGUGCGUCUAGACUUCCCACAAACUGGGACCGCUAUGAGGAAGAAUUUGAUUCGGGGUCUGAAGAUCCGUCCGUCAGUAAUAGCACUAGUCAACCUUCGGAUGUUAUUUUGCCAAAGAGUAAAGGAGCAGACUAUUGUCACCUGAUUGCUGAGGCCCAGUCUCAAUCUCAGUCAAAUUUAUACAUGGAUAGCUUUCCUUCUUUGGAUGAUGUUAUGCCUGGAGAAUUCAAUCAGGGACUAGGCCCAAUGCUGUCAGUUAGGGGAGAGGGCAUUCUAUCGUGGAUUGGAAAUGAUAAUUUUGUUGUAGAAGACAAGACAGCUGCAACUCAUGAGGCAUCUUUUCUCUCCUUGAAUUUGCAUGCUCUUGCUGAACAACUUGCGAAAAUAGACUUAUCACAGAGGCUAUUCAUUGAAGCAAAUCUAUUACCACCAGAGCUGUGCACAGAGGGAAUAGAGACAAGUAGAUGUCAAGAAUCUAACCAGAUGCAAACAUGUUAUAGUCAAGCAUCCACAACAAUAUCUGAGAAAUUUUCUGAGAAGUUAAAGAUUGAAGAUCGAAGUUCUGAGGAUACAUCAUCUGGCUCCUCUGGAAGUAGCACAAAUCAAACCUUGUCCAGCCGUGAGUCGAUUUCAGUGAAGUACAUUGAUGUUGAUCUCAGAGAAGUUGGCAAAUCUACUCAAAAUGAAGCAUCACAAUCAACAGCAGAACUCAGUGUGAAGUCUGUUUUGGACCCUCAAAAGAAACUCUCCACAUUUGAGGCAGCAGAUGCAGAGGAGGAAUUGGAUAUGCUUCUAGACUCUUUUGGAGAGACCAAGAAGGCUUUUAAUUCCUCUGAUUUUAGGUCCAAUAACCCCUUUCCUGUUUCACAAAAAGAAGUUUAUGUUGCUCCAUCACUUUCAAAGAUAGGGCCAGAUUCAUCUAAAACUUCGUCAGGUAUUGCUAAUCUUGACGAUACACUUGAUGACUUACUUGAGGAAACAUCAAAUGUGAUGAACCAAACUGGUUUAUCGCAGUCCCUGGAAGAAAAGGCCGUCCAUCCUGUUCAGUCUUCUUCCUCACACUCUGGAACCAAGUCCAAAGUUUUAGAUGAAUUUGAUUCAUGGUUGGAUACAAUUUGAUGUAGGUUUGAAAUUCUUACCCAUCAAAGCCUAAGAUCUUGUGUUAAAUUUGUGUUCAAGGUUAGUUCUGCCCUUACCUUCCAAGUAAAAUUCAUCUUAUGGUCAAUGGUUCUUAAAAGGAAACAAUUUGAGAAAGUUCAAUUGUGCUAAAUGAUAUUCCAGAUACGCCUA